AUGACAGCCGCUAUAAAGCAAGUGCCCAAACUGAAUAGAAGAAAUUCGCCAUCACUACCGCCUGGCACAUUACGAAUAACAAUCAAUAGCUGUUUCCUUAAUUCGCCUGUGAAGCGUCCCUAUGUCACUGUUACCCUUGGAGAUCAAUAUCACAAAACGUCCGUUUCCGAGUACUCGCAAGGAUCAUGGAACGAGGGAUUCGAGCUCAAAGUGACCUACCACAAUCAAUUGUUCGAUACCAUCCAACUUGAUUUAUACGACAGCAAUAGUUUCUUUCUAGACAAGCACGUUGGCAGAGCAGAGAUUCGACUUAAAAACCUGGAGGGCAUGCCAGAGAUCUUUACAAGCUAUUAUGAAGUGCUGGAGAAAAAAUUAUCCCUUGGUGCUACUUCACAAGUGAGCCGUAAAGCAUUAAUGACAUCAGGUGUAGGUGCUAUCCAAGCUGAGAUUGCAUAUCACUACCGUUUCACAAAGGAACAGCCAUCCGUCUCGAUGGAGAGAACUAUGUCUGUCGAUUUCUCGGAAAUGAACUGGCUCAUAGAUCAGCAAAAAAGAGCCAUGUCCUCCACAUCGAUUGACAAUAUAGACACUACACAUGACGAUAAAAACGAGGAUGAGGAACUAGACGAGGAGUUUCAGAAGCAGUUGAAAAGCCAGCGAAAUAAUGAGGAUAUCAGAUUUAAAAAGUUUGAGCAGAACAAGGACAACAAUGGAAAGGACGAUGCAACAGAGGACUAUCCAGAUGACAGUGAUAGCAAUGAUGAAAGACAGGCCGAGAUACUGUCGUCAAACAAAAUGCCUCUGUCCUAUUCGGUAUCGCGAGCAAGCAGCACCAUUAGCAUACAUACUACAACAACAUUAACGGAAGAAACCAAUGCGAAAUCCAACAGCAAAGCAGAGGAAGGAGGAGGAGGAGGAGGUGGUGGUGGUGGUGGUGGUGGUAUUCUGGAGACAGUGUCUUCGUUCUUUGGUUAUACAACAAGCAGCAAUAUCAAAUCUGUCCAAAAGGAGCAGCCACAGCCAUCGAAAUCUGGAAGCAGCCUCAUUGAUACAGAAGACGAUACGCUCAAAUCGUUCCCCAUCUUGGACACCAUCGGCUCCUGGACCAUGGCAAAAGAAACCAACCAAGUGUUUCGUGCUAUUGGUAAACUGCUGGUAGCUUUUGGCCAAGGGUUUGAACUAUCCAAUUUGCAGAUAUUGUCUGGAUUCAACGUAGUGGAAAAGUUUUACAGCGAUCUGCCACGAGAGAGAACAUGGGAUCUAGUAGAGGAUGUCUCUGAAAUAGAGAUGGCUUCCUACAUGUGGAGGUAUGCCAUGGCUUCCUAUGGUUGGAAAGGCCUGAACUUUAUUGGCAAAGGCAAUGGUAUCUUUUCAGACGCUGUACGAUCCCAAUCGGAUGCCUUGUCCAUUAUUGAGCAUCUGGAGAUACCGAAGGAAGACUUGCUGGCUUAUGAAUUUAGAACAAAUGCAGCGUUUAGACCAAGCUAUUUUAUCGCUAGAGACAGAAAAUUGAAUGCCAUUGUAUUAAGUAUUCGAGGCACUAUGAGCACCUUUGAUACAAUGACAGACCUGGUGUGUGAAUAUGAGCCUUGGAAGGGCGGUCUUGUUCAUAAAGGAAUGAAGUCUUCGGCAACAUGGUUCUUUCGACAUAUCGCACCCAAACUCAUAGCCUAUGUCAACAAGCAUUCUACAACCUCACUGUACAUUGUCGGCCAUAGUCUCGGUGCCUCUACAAGUGCUAUUUUGACCAUCAUGUUGCAGGACUAUAUCAAAGAGUUCAGACAGGGCAAAGACGGCGACUUUUCAAUCUAUAGUAUCGGCUAUGCUCCUGCCUGUGGUUUGAGCCUUAAUUUAGCAAACAAAUACAAGGACCAAAUUCAAUCCAUUGUUUUUGCAGAUGACUUUGUCAGCAAGUUGAGUUAUGGAUCCAUGAUGGACGUCAAAGAGCUGAUCAUUGCUGGUGCUGAAGCGGCAAAGAAUAUAGGGCUGGGCCAGCUUAUUUGGGCAGGUGAACUAGACAACAAAGCAUGGAAAGCAGCUUUUGAAAGAGUGGCAGAGUGUCGCAAAAAGUGCCUCGAAACCAUGUCCAAUCCAAGGUUGUAUGUUGCUGGUACUGUUUAUCAAUUCUGGCUGGACCCUAUUCCCAAAAAUGAAUCCCGCAUUGUCAUUGAAAGAACUACACCUGAAAAAGUAUCUACAGAGCUCAUUCUUCGCAUGUCCAUCCUUUUGGAUCAUUUGCCUACCAAUUUCGAUGUAGCCUUUAGAAGAGCAAUGGAGUCAUUCGCCAAGAACGACGAUACAAAAGACGAGGAGAAUAAUGUCAGUUUGGAGAGUGGUGAUGGUAAAGAGGAGCAAACAGCGGAUCAACAAGUAUACGAUUCUGUUGCAGAAGCUGGCCUAAAAGGAACUACCACCAGAGGUGGAGGAGAAGGCCAUGUUCUCGGUGGAGAACAUGGCCGUUAG